AUGUCUCUCCCAUCAAACGUCCACAUCUCCACCCACCCCUGCCUCCAGGCGAAGCUCUCUCAGCUUCGCUCGCAGAGCACCACCCCGCGCGAGACAAGGGCGCUGGUCGAGGAGAUUGCAUCUAUCCUGGGUGUGGAAGCUUUUGCCCAGGGACUGACAUUGACAAAGACCGGCACUGACCGCACCCCUCUCGGCGUGGAAUACGAAACCUCCAGCAUUGACCCGUCAGAUCUGGCUCUGGUACCUAUUCUGAGAUCUGGACUGGGUAUGGUUGAUGCCAUAACAUCCCUCCUCCCCACCGCCGUCCCAAUCUACCAUCUCGGCCUCUUCCGCGAACCCGUCGGCCUCCAACCAGUAGAAUACUACAAUAACCUCCCCUUCCACAAAUCCGCCCUCUCCCCUUCCAGCCCCGCUUCCACAAACCCAACCACCAACACCGCAGCCUCGACGCUCGCCGUUCUUCUGGACCCCAUUAUCGCGACGGGUGCCACCGCCGAUGCGGCAAUCCAGACACUCCGGGACUGGGGCGUGCAGCGGGUUAUUAUGAUUAGUGUGUUGGCGAGUAUGGAGGGGGUGAAGAGGGUCGCGGAGAGUUGGGAGGGGGUGCAGGUUUGGGUGGGUGCGGUGGAUGAGAAGGUUAAUGAGAAGGGGAUGAUUGUGCCGGGUGUUGGGGAUAUUGGAGAUCGGUUGUUUGUUGCGCUUGGAAAGUAG